GUCCGACCGGACCCCAACACAGUCUAAAGUGUCAGAUAGUCUUGUUAACGCGUGAGAUAUUCAGUGUAUGGAAGAGAGUGAAAGAAAGGGAAACUGGGAGACAGAGGGCUGCAAAAUAACACGGAAGAUAAGUUUUCAGAGAGAGAGAGAGAGAGAGAGAGAGAGAGAGUGAGAGCUGGACUUGGAGGAAACUGCGGAGGACCUAAUGAGGGAAUGCCGAAAAGGAGAGCAGACAUACGGCCAGAGCACCAGACAUGAGUCCGAGGUGGCGGACUGAAGACGAUGCUGGAUGCCAUGGACGUUCCAAGUCAUGCUAGGGAUCUCCUCCUGCAGCUCAACAGCCAACGAACCAAAGGCUUCCUGUGUGAUGUUAUCAUUGUGGUGCAGAACGCCCUCUUCAGAGCUCACAAGAACAUUCUGGCUGCCAGCAGCCUCUACUUGAAAUCUUUGGUGGUCCAUGACAAUCUCAUCAACCUCGACCACGAGAUGGUGAGUCCAGGGGUCUUCAGGGUCAUUCUGGACUACAUCUACACAGGCCGCCUCAGUGAGGGAGACCCCACUUCUCCCACUGAACCCAAUCUAGGGGCUGUCUUGGCAGCAGCCAGCUACCUUCAGCUGCUUGACUUAGUGGCUUUGUGCAAAAAGAAGCUGAAAAGAAAUGGCAAGUACCCUCCCCGCCCAGGUCCUGCAUUUCUGCCCUACCCAAAGAUGGGGCCCAAUAAUAUGGGUUUAGGGAGUGGUGGCAGGUAUAGGAUUUCUACUCCUGUCAUUCAGUCCUGCCCUCCAGGAGGAAUUUUAAAUAACAAUGCAACCCGAGCAUCACCGCUAGAGGAGCUAGUUCCCCAUCGACUAGCCGUUCACGCUGCGGAACUGUAUGCUCCCACCUCCAUCCAGGGCUCUCAGGUGUUCCCGUCCCUGCAGUCAGCUCUGCCUGCCCAUAUUGGGCGCUCAGCCCACCCUGAGAGGAACUGCUCCCCCAGCUAUGGCCUUGAUCUCUCCAAGAAAAGCCCCAACUCCCAGUCUCAGCACACACCUUCUCAAUCCCAUCUGGCAAACACUCACAACGAUGAGGAGCGAGACGGGACUCUGAGCGGACGCACUAGUCCCAUACAGGGGACGAAUGGAAGGGCCUUCCCCUCAGAAAAAAUGGAGUCGACUGACCAGGCAAGCUCCCUCACUCCUCCACCAUUCCUCCAUCACAACCAGCCUUUUGGCCCACACCUCCCCCACCUGCACCGCUCAGGCUCCCAGGGAAGAGAUCGCUACCCAUGCCUCCCCAGCCCUGACACCCCCACAGAGGGUGGAGAGGCAGGCAGAGAUAUGGGAAACAUCUACCGCUGGGUGAAACAUGAGCCACUGUCAUACACAGCUGAAGAUGAAGAUGAGGAUGAGGACGAGGAAGAAGCGGGGGAAAAUGGAGAACAGCAUCAUAACCACCACAAGGCCGGGGAGGAGAGUGAAGGAGCCGACGACAAGAGCGGGUCAGGCACAGAGGAGACGGGCAGUAGUGAAGGCCGCCCGUCCCCUUCUGGACCAAUGGGGAGGUUCCACAUACCUUACGAGCCAGAGAGCUUCGGGGACAAUCUGUAUGUCUGCAUUCCCUGUGACAAAGGCUUUCCGAGCUCAGAGCAGCUCAAUGCGCAUGUGGAGACACACACGGAAGAAGAGAUGCACGGCAACUCUGGUGGGGAGAUGGGCAACAGCAAUAACGGCAGCACCAAAAACAUGAGCAGUAAUACAAACGGUUAUGGGAGCCUGAACAGCUGCAACAGUUUGAACAGUCUGUCCCACUUUGAGACCAAGUCCAGCCAGGGGCUGAGUUCAGGGGGCAUCGGGGAGAUGAUCCGACCCUACCGCUGUUCCUCCUGUGAGAAGUCCUACAAAGAUCCAGCCACUUUGCGCCAGCAUGAGAAGACCCACUGGCUGACCCGGCCUUACCCCUGCAGCAUCUGUGGCAAGAAGUUCACGCAGCGCGGCACCAUGACGCGCCACAUGCGUAGCCACCUGGGCCUUAAACCUUUUGCCUGCGACUCCUGUGGCAUGCGCUUCACCCGCCAGUAUCGCCUAACCGAGCACAUGCGCAUCCACUCAGGGGAGAAGCCCUACGAAUGUCAGGUUUGCGGAGGGAAGUUCGCUCAGCAACGCAACCUCAUCAGCCACAUGAAGAUGCACAGCAGUGGAGGGACUGCAGGGGGCCUGACCGCAGAUGGGAAACUGAAGCUGGACUUUGCUGAGGGCAUCUAUCCUCUGAGUAAAUAUGCAGCAGAGCAUUUGGGGCUGAAGCAGGAGAAGGCCAAUGAGCUUCUCAUCCAAGCCCAGCAGCAACUGGUAGCUGAUGCAAAGGUCAUGGAAAGCCUCUACCCGCUGUCCAAACUGGCCUCGGAGCACCUGGGCCUCGCCCACGACAAGAUGGAUGUCCUGGGCCAACCCCUCCCCCCUCCUCCACAGGCCCUGUCUGAAGCCCGCACCAUUGACCGCUACUCACCCAGCUAAGACCACAUGACCUGCAUAAAUGGCAGUCACCAAUAGAUCUGUGCACACAUAACUUGCAGUAUUCUAAAGCCAUUCACCUCAACACAAUAUCUCCUCUGCACCUCAGACUCAGGCCAAGAGGAAUUGGUCUGCUCAUGCACACCAAAAGGUGUAGACUCUAAGUGCCUUUCUAUGCAUCUAAUGUAUCUUAAAGUCCUCCUUCAUAAAGGAGCUCUGUGCUAUUCCGUGACCAAGAGACACUCACUCAAAGAAGUCCAGUAUUUAUGUACAGUGUAUGCAAACAAACUUUAAAAAAAAAAUUUUUUUUACAGCCAUUGAGCCAAAGUGACAAAUUGAAAACCAAAAUGAAAUUGUUUUAUUUAUUUUUUGUAUUUUGGUGAAAUCCAAAGAGAAACUGUUGCAAGGAAAUGUUGCAAUCUGACCCUAAACCUGUGUACUAUUAAGUAUCAUCAGUGUACAAAAAAAAAAGAAAAAAGCACAUAAGGACAAGAUUCAGGGUUUGAGUCCAGACCUGAGCUUUUACCAAAUGAAUAAGCCAACUCUUCUGGACUUUAAAGUAAUGGGAGGAUAUAUUUUUUCUUUUCUUUUUUUUUUCUUCUGUUUUUGGGGUACUGGAUCAUUUAUGUAUCCCAGCUUCUUCAAAUCAUGCUCCUGCUUCCCAAGUCGCAAGGGAAUGACUGGCAUCUCGGUAAAGUCUCCUCUGUUUUAUUUUCUCCACAUUUUUAAAAAGUAACCCACUACCCCCACAUAUUUGUGCGGAUAAAGACUCAUGCUAUGUGACAGUAAUGGUAGCUUAAUCAGCCUUACAUGCAGCGUGUAACCCUUCUUGACCUAAAACGUUUUUAUAGCAUUUUGACUAACAUCCCUUUCAGUUGUUAUUGAGAUGCAAUAAGCAAAGCCCUGUGAUCUCAUAACUGGGACACGAUUGCACAUACCCAACUGAUGACACACUAAUCCCUGUUCAUGAUGAGCAUAGCUUCAUCUCACGGCGUAGACCAAGCAUGGGUGUUGCCUCUGACAUCGUGUAAUAUUUACAAUUAUGGAUGCAGCCGAGCAGAGAGGCAGGGACGAGGUCAGAAUGAAUGGCACAGAAAUCUGUCAUUUACUUUCAACAGCAAUUACUCUAUUCGCAGCAGCCUGAUGAUUAAUCGUGUAGCGACGGUAGUCAGAUGUCGCGUCGCCGCAGCUCCACUGUCCCACCUCUCAUUAGACCUCCCUCCCCUGCAGUCUGUUGUCUGGGAGCCCUGCUACUGUUGACAGGCCAAAGUGAGUGCUGUACUCAGCCCUUUGCCUUAAAAGCGCUUCACUCCACUCACCCCACACACAUAUACACUCCCUCCCCCUCCACACACACACACAGCGAGCUGCUAAUCUGUCCGUGAUAUGAACAUAAGAAGGGGUUUGUGGGUCGUCCCUGGAAGCCAGCGGGUGAACAGCACACCCCAGCUGCUGUGCCUCAGCAAUCCCUGUGAAAUCUCACUUUCUCCCGGACAAUUCCCACUGCUCGCCGGCACGAUGUCCCAUUUCAUGCCUGCCAUCUUACCCCUCUGAUCCACUUAUUAACAACAUAUCCGAGCCGAGCGAAUGUCUCCCUGCCCAGCCUCCCUUUCCCCGCUUGUAUCAAACGUGAAAACAAAGAAUGACAUAUUUCUGUGUUGGCUGACCAGCCGUUCCUCCAGCUUGAAAACAAAAGAGCACUUAAAUAGUUGCAGGUUGACGGCACAUUUUUGUCUUUAAAAUGUUUAUUCCAAAGAACGUGCUGGCCUUUGGUUUUCUUUUACCACUUUUACUGGUCCUUGAUUCAGAUUAGAAAUGUCUGACCACUAUAGUGCCAAUGCCAACCUCAGUGGGUGAAUGUGAAGACUAAAGCCAUAAAUACACUGUGAUAGAGGUAGUGAAUCCUAGAGGCUUAAAAAAAAGAAAAACAGAGACCAUGUGCCUGACUUUUGGGAUUGUUCUUCUUUAAAUGUAACAAUAAUUUAAGGGCUUCUUCUCUGUAGCAUAUGAUCAUAUCAAACGUGGUUUUCUGUCACUUUUUUUUUUUUUUUUAACAUUUUUUUUUUUUAUUUGAACUGAAAGCUGCGCACGAGAAACUGGUGCUUACCUCAGGACUGAACCCAGCAUGGGGACGCUAAGCUUUACUAAACCUUCCAAUUACAAUGUCAACACACACACACACACACACACACACUUUUUUUAUUUUCUUAUCAACAGGGCAGUUGUCCUGUGUUAAACCUGUGGUUUUUUCUGUGUUUAUACAUUUCUUGUUUUAUGGUGAAGAGAUAACAUGUGAUAUUAACAUUUUCUUUGUUUUUAUUUUUUACUAUGCGGUAUACAUUUUCUAUUGUGUUGUCCUCAAAGAGGCUUGUGCUGGUAUGACCAAUUCCAAUUGUUAUAACAUAAGGCAAAGUCAUUUUGGUUGCAUCUUAACUGGCUAUUUGUGAAUUUGUGUGAACCACACUUUAGCGAGCAUGAUGGAUUUGAUCUUUGGUUUCAACCACACAGAAUAUUCUCAGUAUUUCCCUAAACAGACGAACAGUGGCUUCAGAGGGCGGGUAUGAAAAGUCGCCUCAUAUUUCUCCAGAGGUUAGUGAACUUGCAAUGACGAGAGCCAGACUGAGGCCGUAUACAUGCACACAAACACACAGGAACAGGACUCUUUUGUCAAGCUCUGUAACAAGAAAAAGCAAAGAUAGGCUAAACGAAACAUUAUUUACAACUUUGUCCACAAGCAAGUGCACACGUGUUAAAAAUGUACAGUAGGCGGAUGUCAGUCGUGGGACUUUCAGUCCCCUCACUCUUUCUCAUUCACUUGUUUAAAUGAAAAUCUGUCUCCUCCUUUUUCCCUGCCUUACACCAUUAAAAUAACACAAAGUGUUUCCACUGUCACUCCAAAUCUGUGCAGGAGGGAAGAGCAAGAUAAUGGCUGAACAUUUCUCUAGGAUGUGCACAGUUUAAAAUGUGCUUAAUUGCAUUAAUGCGUAUGACAGACAGAGGGGGAGGAGGGUUGUGUAUCUAUAGAAAAGGGAAGCGUUUGCUCGUCUGUUUGUACGUCCCUGUGCCAUUCGAGCGUAUGAAGGGCUGUUAAUGCACGUCCUGGGAAUAGGGUCGGUGUGAAGGAGAAGAGCUGAGGAGCAGGAAGUGAACUUUUGGCUGGUGUGUUGUGUUGAGCAGGAUGUGCCGUGUGCUUCUGCUCAGACGCAGAUAGAGAGACGGAGAAUGGGGAGGGAGAGGAGCAGGGAGAGCGCAGCAGGGUGGACGCGAGCCAUUGUCUCAGUAUGAAAGCCUGUUCGUACUUCUAAAACUCUCCAUUCAGAAAACAAGUUGACUGUAUCUUCUCUUUUCCUUCCCCUUUUUAUACUCUUUGGGAAUAGACCUCUGCUCAGUAUCACGGUGAUGUGACAUCAUGGGCUUUCAAGGGCUGCACGGCGAGGAAGCCUUCAGACAUUUUGGGGAUUGUUUUUUUUUUUUAUUGGGGCAGCGCUGAUCAAUAUGAAGGGCCUAGAAACUGUAAUGUAAUUCAUAAUUUAGAAAAUGGCAGUGUUUUUAUUGCUCUGUGGUUUAUUCAAUUAGUAAAAUUACAAGAGUCUUGUUUCAAUUUGCUGGUGUAGCCACUUGCCCUGUGGGGUUUUAUGCCAUAAUGCCUUUGUUAACGUUAUUUAUAUGACACACCAGCCCAGAAAACCUCCCAUUGCCACCAAAGUGGUUUUGAUGAAGAUGUUUAGAAAGUAAUAAACUUAGGCAUUCAAAACAAUUUAUUAGUUACAUCAAUUUAUGUAAUGAAAAUCAACCAAUGCAAAUAUAAAUGAGUGCAGCGAGACAAACCACCAACUAUGAGAUGUGGGUUGAUCAUUUUAUUUUAUUUUUUAGGCCACUUCAUUCCUUUCUAAUGUUGAUAUGGCAACCAUCCCAGGCCCGUAACUUUUGCAACACUAACAGUAUAGAAGUAAAAAAUGUCUGGAUGAGUUCCAGUGGCCCCGUGUACACCAAAAAAGGGUUUAGGUUUAAUGUUGAAAAAUGUAAAGCAUGCCAUAAAACUUUCUACCAGCAGCAGCGGGCCGAGGUCACCUAUGUGACUCUGACAGGCUGAAUAGUCCUGAUCUGCAAUCAUACCGCUGUUUGACAUUUACUGUGUUUCCCGAUAUGUGCCAAAAAGACUGAAGCACUUAGCCGACAUUGCGGAUACUCACAACAAAACUCAGCAACAAUCUUUGUAGUUUGUAGUUUUGGAGUUUGUCGAGCUAAGCUUCUGACCAACUUUGACUUUGCCUUAAAAAGCCAUUAUCUAAAUGGCUAAUCUUGAGAGCACAGCGCAGACAUGCCACUAUUGUCCAGUGUACAUAUUUGUUUUUUUUUUUAAUGAGGACUCAUGUUCAAAUGUAAGCUAGAGCCAAAUAAUAUCAAUAAUCAAGGCUUUUUUUUGGCGUUGAAACCAAAAACUGCCCCUUAAGUCAACUAAUACAAAUGUGUCUUCAAUAUAACAAGCAUCGAUGAUUCUGCAACAACUUGUAUGCAUGCGUGUGUGCCUGUGUGAGUGUGUAGGUGUUCGGAUGUGUCCACGUAGUGCACCUGUCCGUCUACAAGUCUGAAUGCCUUUCCCACAGCGUAGCAGAGAGAGAUUCUACACUUUCAAGAGUCUUUAUUACAAGCAGCUGCUUUAGAUUUAUUUCCCCGAACUGCACUUUUCUGGAAAGAUCAUUGCAUUGUGAUUUUUUAUUACUCUUAUGAUUCCCCUAGAAGUCCCACAAUUGCCUUUCCUCUGGCACUUUGCUGUCCUCCUCUUCCUCCCUCCAGAGCAGAGCUUGGCCACGCUCGUUCGCCGCCCUUGUUACCUCGAAGCACAGCUUCCCUGCUCACCUCUCUCUGUCCCUUCUCUCUUCUUACACUCAACACAAACCGCUGACCCGCAGCGCCCGCUGCCUCCCUCCUCUCCCCUGAUCCACUUACUUCCAGCUGUUUUUCAUGCUGAAGAAGACAGUUGUCUAAAUGUUUAUGUGAAGAGCUACUUUCUUUUUCUUUAAGCCCUGAUCAAUUUCCAAAAUGAACUUUGUGGCAUGUGUUAAAAUACAGCAGAUGACGGGCCAAAUAUAUAUAUAUAUAUAUAAAAAAAGGCUGACAUCGUUAUUGUACUGUGAUCCUCAAGCCAAGAAACGGCUUACAAAGGGAGAUUAAAGACAGCAUAUCGUUGUAGAGGAAAUGCAGAAUAAUGUGAGGGGAAAUGUUCAGGGGAAAAUAUGCUCAGAAAGAUGCCAGUAAAGUAAACAUGUAUGAAAUUGCACAAUUGAGCCGGGCCUCGGCUGCACCAGCCAAGUCAUGUACUGAGAUGGAGAGAACAAGUAAGGGAGAGGAGUUGAGAGG